AUGGUGCGACCCCGUCCCACGAGCCCUCCUCGGCCACCACAUGCGGUAGACGUGUACCAACCGCAGGAGAGGGUCGUGGUAUCACAGCUGGCCAGCAAUGAUGUUCGACCCGCGCUGCAGCCCCCGCGUCCUGUCCCCGAACCAGACCCAACGCUCAAGGAUGAGUACAAGAUCUUUAUACGGCAGCAACCCAUAGCGGCGAGAUCAUGUGGCUUUGGAGAAAGGGACCGCAGGGUGAUUGACCCGCCGCCCAUUGUGCAGUUGGAAAUCAACAACCCCAAGCUCUCCAAGGAGGACAUUAGCCAGCGUUACCGCCAUCAGUAUUAUGUCGUGCACUGCACCAUUUGGAGCAAGGACGGGACCGAGGACUGCUCCAUCAUGCCUGAGGAGUAUCAUCGCCAGCAGCGACGCCUCAUGGGAAGUCUCGCGGCGAGCUCUUUUGUUGGCAAAGAUGAGAAUGGCGUCGAGGGAUGUUUCUUUCCAUUCUCAGACCUGUCUGUCCGGACGAGCGGAGAAUACCGUCUCAAGUUCUCCAUCGUGGUGCUUAACCCAGCUCAGGGAAAGAUGGGGAAAAGCUCAAAGAUCCACUCAUCGGCGAUGACGGACGUUUUCACAGUCUACAGCGCCAAGGACUUCCCUGGCAUGAAGCCUAGCACGCCAUUGACGCGCAGGCUCAAAGAGCAGGGCUGCCUCAUCUCGAUCAAGAAGGGCAACGACAAGGCAGGCGGCGGGCGGGGCCAUGACAGCAGCGAUGAUGAGGCAGAAGAGGCGCCCCCGAACGCUCGGCAUGGAGGAUAUAGGCGUUUUACGGCAUUGGCUGAGGACCGCGGCACCGAUGAGGCGAGCAUCUAA